CUAUCAGCAUUGCUCAUACUCAGAGUGUGGGUGGGCAUGUGUGGGUGUCAAUGGGGAGAGUGUGUGUAUGUGUGCCCAGGUGCCAGAGUACGGGCUGAGAGAAAUCAGCUCCAGGAUAUUAUAGCUGAAGGAGAGUGGACAGAGCCCUCUGAGGGGGCCCUGACAACUAUGGAGCAAACGCAUUGAGGGCCCCCCCGCCCCAGAAAGACAAAAAACAGACAAACGGACAGAAACACAAAAAAGGGGAAGGUAUCACACAAUAAUGGUGUCAGAAGAGGUUGUAAUCACCUUGUCCGGUGGAGCACCAUGGGGCUUUCGUCUCCAGGGGGGCGUGGAGCAUCAGAAACCACUUCAGGUGGCCAAGGUGCGUAAGCGCAGUAAGGCGUGCAGAGCAGGACUGCGGGAGGGUGAUGAGCUGGUGUCCAUCAACGACCAGCCAUGUAGAGGUCUGUCCCACGCCCAGGCCAUGACCAUAAUCGACAGCUCCCCAGGAAUACUACACAUCCAAGUCAAGAGGGCGCCGGCAGGCUUCCAGUCCGUGUUGCUAUUGACCCGUGCCCCAUCACCCCGUAUCGACAAAGAGUACCGAGCCACCCUGCGCGCCAUGUCCCCCUCCUCCAGACUGCACCACACAGCCACUGUCAUGGAGGUCCCCCAUGGCAGGUCCUCCCUCCUAUCCCCCAUGGUGCGCAGAUGCCUCACCUCGCCCCCAGGCAGCGAGGCCUACUACGGGGAGACAGACAGUGACGCAGAAGUGGCGGCCAACGAGAGGCAGAGGAGGCAGAAGCACAGAAAUCCCAGCAACUUACCCGGAAAAGCCUUCGGUAGAGCCUCCCCGGAGGGAGGGGAGACCUCAGAGUUUAGCGGCUAUGACAGUGCCCCAGAUGCCCGGGUUUACCCAGGGCUCCUGGGCCACGGGUUACUGGAUGGCAGAGGAGAGGGGGAGGGCCUGCCAGGGGUGGCCCGCAGGGAGGUGAUCUUCCAGCCCCCUCCAGGGAUGUGGUCCUCCCAGACCUCCACAGAGACAUCCUCCAUCAUCUCCUCGGUUGAGGACCAGGUCUCAGGGCAGGACAGAGUGAUGGAGGAGGACAGAACCUUCCAGGAGCCAUCCAACGUUGUCCCACUAGUGUCACCCGAGAGGGCAAAGGAGGUCAUGCAGCUGAGCUCCCGUAGGCAGAUGGUGCCCAUGGUGGGGCCUAUAGACACCCCUCUGGACGAGGAGCUCAGUGUCACCUACAUGGACAAGGCCAAGCAAGCCAAACUGAACCGGGGUGACACGGUUCAAGACAAAAAGGUGAAGGAGGCCAGAACCAAGUGCCGCUCUAUCGCCUCCCUUCUGACAGACGCCCCCAACCCCAACUCCAAGGGCGUGUUGAUGUUCAAGAAGCGCAGGCAGCGCUCCAAGAAGUACACGUUGACCAGCUUCGGCAGCGUGGACGAGGACAUGCAGCACAAUUCCCCAGAGGAAGAUGGUCUCUUCCCAGGAAGCGAGUCGGAGUUUGAUGAGGAUGGCUUCUCGGCCGCCCCCGACACCACCUGGGACAGUGACUACCUGGAUGCGCUGGAGAAGAGGGCGACCGCAGGUGGAGAGCGAGGGGACGGGGCAGAAGAUGCCCCAAGUCCCGGCCUGAGUGACAUCUCUGGGAAGGGCGCCCAGCUGUUUGAGCAGCAGAGGAAGAGGGCGGCCGAGCACGCCAAGAAGGUGGCUGCCGCCCAACCUCAGAUAAGGACCCAAUCACCAAACCAAUUACAGAUCCAGGAGCAGCCUCAGCCAUAUGCACAGAGCCAGCCCCAGCCAAAAACACAACCACAGAUGUACCAGCCUCAGCAGCCUAUGGCACCACCGUCCCCUGUAGCCUUCCAGGAGGAGGCUCGGUCUGUGGCAGAGGGGCCUAUGGCACCGGCCCCAGCUGCUCCUACUGCCUACAGCAUGGCUAAUGGAGACGUCGCCUACUCUCCAGUGAGCACGGCUGGCGUGAUGAUGUCACCCUUGACUGUGGCACCCAACCCAAUCACCACCCAAGUGUCGAUCUUAACCACUCACAUACCUCCACCCCAAACACCGCUGCCAGAACUCUCCUCCAGCUCUGUUCUCAACAGAACAGCCCGCCCCUUCAACCCAGGGUUCGUGACCAACCGAGCUGCCACCGCUCCUGUUGUGUUCCGCCCCGUCAUCACCAAAAGCGCCCAGCGCCCGGCGACCUCGGUGUCUAUUGUAGGACCUCCCUUCUCCACCUCAUCAGAGCCGCCUCCAAGUGGUAAUCCCGCCUUCUUCUCUCCCCCGUCCUCUGUGUCCAGAGGACCCUUCUCCACCUCAGCCUCAGCACUGGCGACUCAUCCUCGUCCUGCCUUCUCUGUGGAGAACCUGGCAGAACCACCCAUGCCCUCUGUUCCACAGGCUUCCUUCACAGCCAUACCUCCACCCCCAGCACAAUUCUCAGGUGGCCCCAUACCCUCACCUCCAGGAUCAUUUGCCAAUGUACCCUCAAUUCCACCCUCAUCACCAUUCUCAGGUGCACCCAUACCCCAAGCCCCAGUCUCAGUGGCUCAAUCAGCCCCAGCUCCAGUGUCUUUUAACCCCAUACACCAACCUCAAGUUUCUGUUGCCCAGAUGCCACAAGCUUCUGUAUCAGUUGUCCCACUCCCAAACCCCACAACUCCAACACCUAUACACAGAUCCCCCAUGUCCAAGGUCCCACCUGCCCCUGGUGGUCGUACCGGCAUCCUCCUGGAGGCUCGUCGGCGCAGCGGCAGGAGGCCCAUGUUUCGAGUACCUGCUGAGAAGAAGAACUCUCCCAACCCUGACCUGCUGAACAUGGUGCAGAACCUGGAUGACAGGCCCCACUACAGAAGCUACUCAGAGAGUGUGAUGGGCUUUGAGUCUGGUGCAGAAGAAGACCAGGGUUCUGAAGUCUGCCAGGGAAGGAUGCCUCCACUGGUGGCCCCCAAACCUAGGGUCAUCCACGAGGCCCCUCAGAUCCCCCAGGAAGAGGGCAAGGGGGCUCAGCUGUUUGCCCGCAGGCAGAGCCGCAUGGACCGGUAUGUGGUAGACACUCCACAGGAGACCGCCUACCGGCAUGAGGUCUCCCACCCAGGGGUCGGGCCCCAGGAUGCUCCCAACCCCAAUAUCAACUCACAGUGGAAGUUAUCCCCCAACAUCCGCGCCCCCCCGCCUAUUGGCUACAACCCUCUGCUGGCCCCUUCCUGUCCUGUGGGGCCACAGAGAGACACCAGCAGGUCUGACAGGGGGGGAAAAGGAGGCAAAGGAGGGAUCGCCUUUCAGAGGGAGGGAAUCAAAGCUCUGGAUUUCAUGAGAAGGCAGCCUUACCAGCUCAACUCAGCUAUGUUCGGGGGUAGUGUUGCCAAGCUGUCGGCGAUUCCCUCCUACCAGGACCAGAGGCAGCAGCAGGGAGGGUACACUACUAUGGUGGGCAGCACCAUGACCCCUCCCAGACAGAUCCCAGUCAAAGCGGCCCGUGUGUAUGAGAUCAAACGCUUCUCCACACCCACGCCCAUGUCAGCCCCGAGCCUGGCCCCCACCGUGAUCGCUCCUCGCUCAGCCACAACGCUGGGAGAGCGCCUGACCCGCUCCGAUAUGUUCUCCCCAACCCCUGCUCCUCUCUCCCCACCCCCUGCCCCUUUCUUUGCCCCAGCUCCUGUCUCUGCCUCACCUUCCGUCCUUGCUCCUACCUAUUCAGGGGGCCUGCCUAGACUGCCCAGAAUCAAUGUUACCCCUGUCCGCAACCCCAUCCCCAUCCCAGCACCCUAUCCUGGAGUGUCCUACAGUGGGCUCCAAGGAGCCAAGCAGUUUCAGAGUGCCCCUGAGCUUAGUUUCCUUGCUAACCUUCCCACUCCCCUAAGGGCGAAUGCCAUGCAGGCGCCAAAACCCCGCUUCAUCGCCACCAAGGUGGGUGUCCAGCCGUGUGUGUGGAGACCAGGUGCCAUGUGAUCAGGUGGGAGUGGGAGACCUUGUCUGUCACUAAGAACUGGACACAUCUCAGCCAUAAAACAAAUAUCUGCAAAACAAUAAAGUAAUAAGGUGGUCAAAUACUGAUCAAUGAGCUUGUUCAGUACCUAACAAAAAUGUUUUUACGAGUGCCUUGCAAAAGUAUUCAUCCCCCCAUUUUUCCUAUUUUGUUGCAUUACAACCUGUAAUUUGAAUUGAUUGUGAAGUGAAAUGAAAAAAAAAUAACUACAAACGGAAAAGUGUUGCAUGCAUAUGUAUUCCCUCCCUUUGCUAUGAAGCCCCUAAAUAAGAUCUGGUGCAACCAAUUACCUUCAGAAGUCACAUAAUUAGUUAAAUAAAGUCCACCUGUGUGAAAUCUAAUUGUCACAGAUCUGUCACAUGAUCUCAGUAUAUAUACACCUGUUCUGAAAGGCCCCAUAGUCUGCAACACCACUAAGCAAGGGGCACCACCAAGCAAGUGGCACCAUGAAGACCAAGGAGCUCUCCAAACAGGUUAGGGACAAAGUUGUGGAGAAGUACAGAUCAGGGUUGGGUUAUAAAAUAAAUGGAAACUUUGAUCAUCCCACGGAGGACCAUUAAAUCCAUUAUUAAAAAAUUGAAAGAAUAUGGUACCACAACAAACCUACUAAGAGAGGACCGCCCACCAAAACUCACAGACCAGGCAAGGAGGGCAUUAAUCAGAGAGGCAACAAAGAGACCAAAGAUAACCCUGAAGGAGCUGUAAAGCUCCACAGCGGAGAUUGGAGUAUCUGUCCAUAGGAUCACUUUAAGCCAUACACUCCACAGAGGUGGGUUUUACAGAAGAGUGGCCAGAAGAAAAGCCAUUGCUUAAAGGAAAAAUAAGCAAACACGUUUGGUGGUCGCCAAAAGGCAUGUGGGAGACUCCCAAAACACAUGGGAGAAGGUACUCUGGUCAGAUGAGACUAAAAUUUAGCUUUUUGGAAAACGCUAUGUCUGGCACAAACCCAACACCUCUCAUCACCCUGAGAAUACCAUCCCCACAAUUAAGCAUGGUGGUGGCAGCAUCAUGCUGUGGGCAUGUUUUCCAUCGGCAGGGACUGGGAAACUGGUCAGAAUUGAAGGAAUGGUGGAUGGUGCUAAAUACAGGGAAAUUCUUGAGGGAAACCUGUUUUAGGCUUCCAGAGAUUUGAGACUGGGAUGGAGGUUCACCUUCCAGCAGGACAAUGACCCUAAGCAUACUGCUAAAGCAACACUUGAGUGGUUUAAGGGGAAACAUUUAAAUGUCUUGGAAUGGCCUAGUCAAAGCCCAAAACUCAAUCAAAUUGAGAACAGACCUCAAUCAAAUUGAGAAUCUGUGGUAUGAUUUAAAGAUUGCUGUACACCAGCAGAACCCAUCCAACUUGAAGAAGCUGGACCAGUUUUGACUUGAAGAAUGGGCAAACAUCUUAUAGAGACAUAUCCCAAGAAACUUGCAGCUGUAAUUUCUGCAAAAGGUGGCUCUACAAAGUAUCAACUUUGGGGGGUGAAUAGUUAUGCACACUCAAGUUUUCAGUUUUUUUGUCUUAUUUCUUGUUUGUUUCACAAUUAAAAAAGAUUUUGCAUCUUCAAAGUGGUAGGCAUGUUGUGUAAAUCAAAUGAUACAAACCUCCCAAAAAUCUAUUUUAAUUCCAGGUUGUAAGGCAACAAAAGGAAAAAUGCCAAGUGGGGUGAAUACUUUCGCAAGCCACUGUAUUAAGUGUGUUGGAUUGUAAUCAUUUGAAACCCACACUAAAUGAAUGGUUGAUUGCUGAAACUCAGAAAUGUGUUUCCAUUCAUUUGAUUAUUUUCAACCCUUUGGUUUGUGCAGGUAAUUGGCUAUCAAAACGUCACUAAAACUAGCCUCAUACGAACCAUCCUACGAAUCCUACGAAUCACCAGGAUGGUUUGCAUGAGGUAAACUAAGCACUAUGAUAGACUUUAAAUCAUAGCCAUCCAUGUGAUUGCAGUCACAAAUGAGCUUGCUUGUCGCACAGGCUGUUGCUGACGUGUGUUUAUCUGGUUUGUCUGUUGAAUCAUUGUCUAUCAGGACAUUUGAAUAGAGGAAUUUGGUUCAGUCACGUCACACAUACACAGUCGUCUACCCACUGUAUGCCUGUCCUGGAGGAGGUUGUGUAAGGCUUAUCUUUCUACACAGUCAGCUAAAUACUGUUUAAAGGGCCAUGGUAGUGAGAAAGUCUGUACUGAAUUAUUCUUUGAAACUUGAAAUGUUGACAUGUAGGAUUUAUUUUAAGAAAUAUCACAGGAGGAUUGCUGAGUUCCUGUGUCUUCCCUCUCUGAUGAGAGGACAGAGGAGGAAGAGGUGAGGCUAACACAGAGAGUGGUGAAAACAGGGGGGGUCAGAGCAGCGCUGAUUCAAUGUGAGCACCAUCAGACGAGUGCCAAGCACCAUGAUGCUUCACUCAGAGGAAACCACUGACAUUUGGACCUCUCCAAAAGAGGUCAUUGCUAAUUUUUCAUUGGGCAAUGGCUAGGUCUAAUAUUUAAUGGAUCUAGGGCUGGGGCUCCCUUCCAGUCCGCUUAAGCCCUCCUUGGAAGAUGAGAGGAGGGAGAAGUUCUGUUAGACCUCUUUGCAUUCUGAGUGUUUGUGUUGGUGGUCAGAUCCCUGGCUCCCAGUGGUCAGCGAGAAACGCUAUCUGUUUUGGCUGGGCUCGUAGUCAACAGGUGUCUUGCUAUCCUGUCACUGCCUAUUUGCAGAGCUGAUCAGACAGCGAACCGAACUGGAUGAACACAUUAACCUAGCACUUCCCAGACUAGUGUGCCCUUUCUGGAUGUCUGGUGUCCAUGCCACCGCUCAAGUUGCAUUAAAACAAAUGACACUAAUGAUGGAUGUGUAUUUUUUUUAUUUAUUGUGACUGAAGUGUUAAAAACAUGAGAGGGGCUGUGGAUAUGGAAGCAGCAGGGACAUAUGGUCCCUGCCAAAUGUUUUAAAGGGGUUUGGUUAUAAACCCAGAGUCAAGGUCCUCACUGGCAUUUAGAGGAGGGGAGAUAUGUCAAAGUGUGAAAUGAGAGAAUCUUUAGUUUGGAUUUGUCAAGGAUUUCCCACAGCCGUUAGAAAUGACAAGAAAGUGACUAGGAAAGCCUGGGUUCUGAGGCCUAGUGAGGGAGGAGGAUAGAGAGAGAAGAGGGACAACCACAUUGGUGCCUCUGAAACAUGGAGGUGAUCAGGUAGUGUAUAAAAUGGGAGAGUUGACAGAGAAUGAACCCAAUCAUGAAUGGGACCAUAACCGUUCAUAUUAUUCUAACCCUGAAAACAGCUGAUGGCAAUUAACUGCAAAUACAUACAGGCUUUUGGAUAUGGAUACGACCCCCAUUCACUGACAGGGUUCAUGACUACCUUUCUUAUGGUGGUAAAUGGUUGUUAUUUUUAGUUGUUUUUCAAAUUUAUAAAUCUAAUUGAACCCAACAGGGUUGUGUUGUGUUUAUGUCAUUAUGGGUUUUAAAGUAUGCAAUAUGUUGUGCAUAUGUGUAAAAAUACAAUAAUAGACUUAUAAUUUGAGUGUGAAAAUGUCUGUUAAUAAUGAAGCUGCAGUAAGAGCUUUUCACUGCCUGAGAGAUGAGCCAUUUUUAGAGGAAUAAAACAUAGACAUGUCUCCAA